AUGCCGAAGCGCUCCAGUGGAUGCUUCACCUGCAGGGCACGUAAAGUACGUUGCGACGAAGCCAAGCCGGAAUGCAACACGUGCCUUCGACGGGGGACGAAAUGUCCUGGAUAUCGACCUACACAGGCGUUUAUCCUCCACACAUUUAACGACCAGACAGACAAGCCCGGAAUCGUCAAAGAGGACGAAACCCGUUAUCGUUACGCAUACCAAGACCAGGAGGGGAUAUCAGGCGCCCAGCAGUCAGUCAUUCAGCUCCGUUCUUCGGCAUCCAAGGCCGUAGAUGUACUAGUACCACGACAGCUCAGCCCUAUUGCAGUCGAGCGCAUUCAGCAUCUCAGCAAUUUCUUGUCCUUAUAUCUCCCUAAAUGGGAAGGUGAAACUCUCACCCCCCCUUCAGCUUUGAUCCUUUCUCUUCCUUCAACUCCCGCAUCGAGGCAGGUUCUCUUGGCUUCCCUGGAUGCAUUAUCUGCGGCGCAGCUGGCUGUUUCCAACAAGAAUUAUCCCCUCAUCAACAGAAGCCGAUCUCUAUACAGCACAGCACUCGGCCAGUUGAUGAGGUCCAUAACGCAGCCGAAAACCCCACAGGAAGAUGAGACGCUCUUAGCAACGUACCUGCUAGCUUUAUAUGAGGUUUUCGUAGGCGUGAGUAGUGGCACGGGUUUCUUCUACCAUGUGCAAGGCUUGUUGCGCCUUUUGAAACAACGCGGGCCUGCCUCAAUCAACACAAAGUUGACCUUGGAUAUUUUCCACGGCAUUCGUUACUACUCGUUAACUAUCGGCUUCCAUGUCAGAAAAGCAUCGAUAUUAGACUCCCCAGAAUGGCUUGAGGUGACCUCUAAAGCGGCGAAGCCUGACCCAUGGGUAUAUUUAAUGGACCUUUGCAUCUGCGUUCCUCGGCUACUCGAGAGGACUGACAAACUCACCAGAGCUGCUGCGUCAGCCGAAGAAUUCGAGAAAGUCAUCACUGAUUCCCAGCGUCUAGCUGACCGCGCCUUCAAAUGGUUCGCCAAGUUCGAAAAGGAUGGGCCUCGGUACACAAAGGUCGAUGUUAACUCAAUGACUGGGUUUCUACAAAUCUGUGAUGACCUCACAUACGAUCCGGUUUUUGCAUUCAAUUCUUGGGCUACAUCGAAUACCUACCUGCUCUACUGGAUGAGCAUGCUUAUUCUGCGAUCAAACAAUUUCCUACUUGUCCGGAAAUUCCACCAGCUAGAGCCGAAACAACUAUACGUAUGGGAUCGAGAGCUCUCUGGAUACGCGGAUUGCAUCUGUCGAGGCGUUCCUUUCAGUUGCCGGCCAACUGCCGGAUAUACUGGACGUUUCAGUACCCUUACACCUCUCGUGGUUGUUAGAAAGUACUUUGAGGCCAAGGCUGCAAAGAAAGAGGCAGCUUGGUGUGAGAGGGCUUAUUACGGCACGAAAGUACCCGGGCUUUACUCUCCGCCCAUUCCAAUCGAACCUUUGCAGGGACUCAUCGAGCUCGUUCAAAGCAGUCAACGAUACAUAUAA